AUGAACAGAUACGUUUCAUUGCAUCCACUAGGUUCUCAAGGUAUUCAAUGGAAUCAUCGUAUUGUCCAUAUUGACCGUAUGUCACAUCAAGUUUCAUUUAACAACGGCCAUACAGUAACUGGCGUUGAUUUGAUUAUUGGAGCUGAUGGAAUCAAUGGUCUAGUACGUUCUUUUAAAUAUGAUCCUCUUACAGAUACUCCAUUAAAUUAUUUGGGUAUAUUGGUGGUAUUGGGAAUUACUGGACGCAUCGAUCAUUUUCUUAUAAAAGAUCGUGUAUUUCAAACUAUGGAUGGAUGCUUUAGGCUUUUUGCUAUGCCAUUUUCGAAAUCCAAACCAGAACAGUCCAUAAUGUGGCAGCUUUCUUUUCCUGUGAAUCUAACCUUAGCAACUCAAUUAUCACGAGAUCCAGAGAUGUUGAAGCAGAUGCUACUGGAAAAAUGUGCUGAUUGGCACUCACCAAUACCUGAAAUGAUCGAAAAAACACAACUAGAUCUGCUAAUGGGAAUACCAGCAUUUGACAGAGAUGUAGUAUCUCUGCCAGACUCAAAAAAGGACGGUAUUCAAAUUGCACUUGUUGGUGAUGCUGCUCAUCCAAUGUCUCCUUUCAAAGGUCAAGGUGCCAAUCAAGCUCUUUUGGAUGCUGUUGACCUAGCAGACAUUAUCGCACAGAAUAAUCUAGACUUGCAUGCAGCAAUCAACCAAAGUAUGUGCGGAUCAAUAAAAAUACCAGCAAGUUUAUUUCGGCGAUGUUCACGUUUAAUUAAAGCUGUAGCUUGUCGACGAAGUACAUAA